AUGUUGUUGUGGGAAUCAUCUGCAUACGGUUACUCAUACACUAACUGCUUUCUUAGUUCAGAUGAAGAGCACGAAGACGUUGAUGGUCGAUCUGGUAAUGAUGAUACCAAAGAAAAUCCAUACUUUUUACCUUGUGGUCAUUCAUUUGAUGAAAAAUGUAUUCAACAUCAUAUUCAACAACAUGGAAAUCAUAAGAGCACAAGUCUCCACUGUCCAUCGUGUAAAAAACCGUUUGAUCCCAAUAUUUCAUUUGUCACACACUGGAAUCUGCUCAGUGUUGCACAAUCAAUUCAGACUACAAGUGAAUUUAUAUACGAAAUAUAUCUUCUUGAUACAAGUACAUCAAUGUGGUAUUCCGAUUUUAUCAUCGGUUUAAUUGAAACAAGUCGGUUACAAUUGGCAAAACAAUUUUUAAAAUGCUCGCUAACGAAGAGAUAUGAGAUUGAUAGUAAUGUGGAGUUUGAGUAUGAUUCAUACAUUGAUCCUGAUAGGGUAGUUCGUUUAUUAGAUGUGGAUCGUGUUUUAUUACCAUCUCAAGAAUUUAUUCGUGCUUUAAGUACAUCUAAUGAUGCUUUACAUUCUUGA